AUGAUUCCUAUUCUCUAUGGUUCGCAGACGGGGACGGCAAUCUACGUUAGCAACUUAAUAGCAAGAGCAAUUAUGCAUGGAUAUGAUGCAAAAACAAUAUACAACUUGGAUGCUUUUUUGUACAGCCCAGGCCAGAAGGAUGCGUGCUUGGUGAUGGAAAUGGAUCUCCUCGACAUCGAGAAGAUCCUUGACAUAGACCUUAUUAUAUUUGUCUGCUCAACACAUGGAGACGGGGCGGAGCCAUUCAACAUGACCAAGUUCUGGUCGUUUUUGUCUAGGGACGAUCUCCCCAGCACUAUUUUGUCACAUCUGAGCUUUGCUGUUUUUGGUCUUGGAGAUUCCUCAUAUGAAAAAUUCAACUACUGCUCCAAAAGGCUUUUCAAUAGACUCAGGAUGCUGGGCGCAAGGCCAGUAAUAAGAAGAGGAAGCGGAGAUUCCCAGGACAGAGAAGGAUUUCUUUCUGAUUUCAGGCCCUGGCUGUUGGAGCUUACGGCCUACCUGAGGACUUACAUAUCAAGACCGUGUACGGACUUCAUUUCCACCCAACCCAAGAGGUACGUUUCAAGGCUAGUUGAGAAGAGGGUAUUGACACCUGACGACCAUUUUCAAAAGAUAGUGGAGUUUGUAUUUGAUAUCCCCGACUACAAAGAAUUCUUUCCGGGCGACUGCCUGUCCCUUCUCCCCGAGAACUACAACUACAGGGAGUUCAUGAGCUACAACGGCAUAGGGGACGGGGAUCUAGAUGGGGUUUCGUCUGUAUGGAUGCUGCAGAAUGUGGUAGAUUUCAACUCGCAGCCUCACCAACCGUUUUUUUUUGCACUUAGGCAUUUUCUGGGCCAGAAGAACAGGACGGAGGAAGAAAUCCUUUUGAAAAUAGAGGAGAUUGCACAGGACUAUGACUUGUAUCAUGACUAUGUAAUUCGAGCGAGGAGAACGGUGUUUGAGGUCCUUAAGGAUCUGAGGAUAAAAGUUGACAUUGGAUUUCUCAAGAGCUUUGUACCCGCCAUGUAUCCAAGGUUCUUUUCGGUAACGAAGAAAAAGGGCUUAUACCACAUUACUGUUGCGAUUGUAAGGUAUACAACUUUUCUUUCUGAGCCUCGAAGAGGUGUUUGCUCUGAAUACUUGAUGAGCCUCAGUCUAAACGAUGUAAUAAAAAUAGGUGUUGAAAGGAGCAACUUGUACUUCGACUCGGACAAGCUGCUAUUUGUAUGCACAGGGACCGGAAUAACGCUUCCAAGAGCCUGUGUCAACGAGUUCAAGGACAAGGAAAUUGUUAUAUUCUAUGGAUUUCGGUACAAGAACAAGGACUUUCUGUAUCCUGACGAGUGGACCGGCAGGAACGUCCGGAUGUUUACCGCUGCAUCCAGGGAUGACAAGGUGUAUGUACAGGAUGUUUUCAGAAAAAGCCCUGUUGAAGACGUCGACCAGUAUUUAAUAUUUGUAAGCGGAAAUUCAAGGCUAAAUAGGGAGGUUAAGAAGCUACUCGAAGAUGUGUAUGGAAAAAGAAUUGUAUUUCAGUCUGAGACAUGGUGA